AUGCAAUAAUUUUCUGACUAAACAUAGAAAUUUAUUUCUGAUUAAACUCCCAUUUAGCAAUCUAAUUGUUAUAUUUACUAAUCAAAUAAAUAAGACCACUAAUAAUUUUAGUUUCUAGAUAAUAUAAUGAAAUUACCAACCCAAAAUUUAUUUGAACUUUUAAUUCCUAAAACAAAUGAAUCUCAACAAGUUUAAUCUUAAAACUAAAUCAAAGAAAUGGUUAAUUAAAUGUUAAUUUCAAUUUCUAAUAACGAAGAAAUUUUGGGAAUUUCGAAAUAAAAUGAAGAAGAAGAACUUUUUGAUGAAUUAGCAGAAGAUCUAGAAUAGAGAGAAAUUUAAUAUUAACUAUUUUUAAAUGCUCUUAAUAAGAACUGUAUUUUAUAUUAGGAGAAUUAUCAAACUUAAAUCGUUCUUAUGUUAAUAUAGAAUUAAUUAAAGAAUUAUCCAAAUAAAAAAGUAGCUGUUUUAGCCACAACGAUUCCUAAAGCAGAUGCUCUAGCUAAAUAUAUUAAAAAUACGUUACCUAUAUUAGUUGAAACAUAUAUAGAUGACGAUGUAAUUUUAGCAAAAGUACAAUAGUGUAGCAACUCUUUAAAAAUUAUACAUCCUAAUAAAUGUACAGAUUUGUGGAAUAAUUUAAUUUGGUAGAUGAUUUUAUAAUAAAAUAAUAUUUAUGUAAUGACAGCAGAAACAUUUUUGAUUACAUUAAGAAGAGGAUACUAGAAAUUUACUGAUUUUAGUUUGAUUUUUUUGGAUGAUUGUCAAGCAACAAAUUUUGAAACUCCUUAUAACCAUCUCUUCAAAGAAUUUUACUUUCCUCUCAAAUCAUCCAAUUAAAUGCCAUAAAUUGUUGGAGUAUUUAAUUCUUAGUAUACAAAUAAUAAAUUCAUAAAUGAUGAAUCAAUUUUAAAAGAACUUAUAUAAUUAUGUGCAUAUAUGGAUGCUCGUUUUUUAAAUAUCAACACUGAGGCUAUUAAAUAAAAAAUAAAAGAAACAACAAUAAUUCUUACAUAUUACAAAUCAUAUCUUAAUGACUAUAAAUUUCAGAAGAAAUUAGAAAGUAAUAUAUAAAACAAAACAUUUGAUUCUAUACUUUUUGAUAAUUUAAUGAAAAAUAAUUGCCUUAUUGAAAUAAAUGAAUUAAAAAUAAUUCUUAAAACACUUAAAACUAAAUAUCAGAAUUGUUUUUCAUUUAAAAUUAUGAUAUAUUAUUUUGAAUAAAUCUUAAUACAAAAACCUUUAAAUUUAUAUUUAGAACUUGGAUAACACUCAUUUUGUAUUGAAUAUUUUUUAUUUUAUAGGUUUAAUACUAAAUUUUAUAAUUGAAAAAUUAAAAAAAUUUAUCAGCACAAGGUAACCAGAACCUUUUUAUCAAGAAUUAUAAAUUGCUUUAGAAAAAUCUCUAACUUAAACUAUAUAAACAAAUAAUUAAAUUACUCCUAAAUUCGAACAUUUAUAAGAACUACUUUAAUAAACUUAUAAAAAUUCUUAAGCUCAAAACAAUCGAACUUUAAUUUUUAUAAAAUAAUAAUAUAUGGUCUAUUUAUUCCUUAGAUUAAUGGAAGACAAGUAAAAAUUCUCAACAUAAGGUAGCCUUUAUUUAUUAUGUAGAUUUAAAAAUUGGAAUAGUUUAAAAAGUAAAAAAUGAUUUAGAUUAAAAGAAUGCUUAAAAUGACAUUUAAAGAUUUCUUAAAGAAAUUUAUUAAGAUCUAAAAUAAGAUUAAUUUAAGUUUUCAGUUCAGGAAUUGAAAGAUUAAUUAAUAUAAUUAAAUGAUUUCUUUAAUUUAGAUUAAUUAACAACUCAAUCUACUAAUGAGGAUUAAUUAAAUUAAUGUUAAAUUGUAAUCUCAUGUUAGAUAGAUGAAAAAACUGCAUUAAAUUUUCAAAAAAUAAUUUUUUUUAAUUCAGCACCUCAUUGCAAUUACAAUUCUCUUAUGAGUCAAAUGAAGAAUAUAAAUAGUUAAAUUAUUCUCAUGAAGGCUGAGAAGAAAGAGUAAAGAUAAAAUUUUUAACAAAACUUUAUAAAUCUUUAAAAAGUCGAAAAAAUUAUUAAUGAAUGCUCAUUACCUUAUAGAGAAAUUAUAUUACAAAAGGCUAUUGAUAAUUUAUGUAUUUAAUUUUUGAUAUAAAGAAAGCAAGGCUUUACAAAAUAUGUAUUAUGAAAGUUAUACCAUACAAUCAAGCAGCGCUUUAUUAAAUACAAAUUGGUCUUGUAAUUUGAUUGAAUAUUUUUCACAGUAGAUGAAUUUAGAAAAGAAAGGAAAAACAAUAUCAAAAUAUGCUGUUUAUCAAUUAAAAAAUGUUAAUUAAAAAUAAAACGAUUAAUAUAUUGCCUUUUUACUUCUUCCAAGUUAAGUUUAAAAUUUUAUUUUUUAUGGAAAGUAAACUAAUGGGUUGAAAGAGGCAAGGGCAUCAGUUGCUUUUCAGGCUGUUCUUUAAUUGUUUUAAUAAGGUUAUUUUGAUUGUCAUUUAAGAUCUUAAAUAUAGAUUCAUCAAGGUUAAAGAAUUGGAAUAAAUUAAGAGGAUCCUACAGUUGUUAUGGUAAUUAAACUUUAUAUAUUAUAGACAUAAGAACAAUUAUAUAUCUAGUCAUAAUAUUGUAUAACUGUUAAUGAAAAAAAUGUAUCUCUUUUAUCAGGCAUUAUUAAAUCAAAUCAAUAUUAUUUUACAUUUUAAAAGUCUUUGCUUUUAGUUGACUAAUAAGAAAUCAAUUUUACUAUGUAGUUAUGCAAAUUUUAGAAUGAAAAAAUAUUAUUAUUAUACCCUAAACAAUUUAAAAGCAAAUUAGAAUAAUGUUAGAUUCUACUUUAGAUGCUUGAUAUACAUUUAGGCGAUGAAUAAAUAAUUUCUUAAGAAGACUAUUAAGAUUAUUAUAAAAAUUAUAUAGAUUCAAUAAUACUUGAGGAGGAAUUAAUACAAGUGGAAGAAAACAUUUUUUCUAGAAUGGGCUAAGGUAAACUUUUAUCCUAUAUUAAGAAUUGAAAUUUGAAUUAAAAAAAGACACUGAAUAAAAUGGCUUAAUUAUAAUAAAUAAUAGUAAAAAAUUUACAACAAAUUUUAUAAUAAAUUAAUUUAUUUUAGUCUUAAAAGCAAGCUUAUUUAAAAGCAAUAUAUAAAUUUAAUAAAUCAUAUAGACGAAUGAAAAGGAAGGUAAUGGACUCAAUACAUUAUCUAAUUGUAUUUUAAGCAAUUUAAAUUAAUAUUUCAAUUUGAUUAAUCCUAUAGUAUUAAACAUAAAGGGAUAUAUUUAAGAAUCUCAACAAUUUAAAAAUACCUUAAGAUAAGGGAUAAAAAAAUAAAAUGGAAUAUUGAAGGAUAAAUUAGACGAAAUAAUUUUAGAUUCUUUAAAUUUAUAGGCUUAUAAAUUAGAAAAUUUACUGUUAGGAGAAUGUUACUAUAAAUUUUUGAUAACAAUCUAAUUAUUAUAAAAUUAUGCAAAAUUAGAUUUUAAAAUUUUAGAACAAAAAAUAAAAUAUUUUACUAGUAGCACAUAUAUUAGAAACUGUUUAUUAGAAUCAUAUUUAUUUUUAUUUUUACAUAAACGGGAUUUAGUUGAUAUAUCAAAGAGAUUGAUUGGGUUUGAAAGGAUGGAGAGCAAUUUAGAUUUGUUAUUAGUUUAAUCUGAUAUAUUGGAUUUAGAUUAAAAAUAAUAUGAGAUUAAGGGGCUGUAAAAUACAAACAAUUUUUCUAUUUUAGAUUUUAAAUAAUUCUUAUAUUAAUCUUUAUCAAUGAUAGAAUUGGAUGAUUAUUAAUAGAAGAAUGGUUUUGAUUGGAUUAGAACUAUGAAGUUAACAAAAAUAUUAGAGCAACAAAUAGGAUCACCUUAAGAAUUAUAAUUUUUAAUUCCUAAUCAGAUAUAGAAUAAUGAAAAAUUAAAAUAGCUAAAAUAAAGUUAUAAUAAAUUUGAAAAUAUCAUAUAAUAUAAAUUUAAUAGUUUCGAAUUGUUAUUUUAAGCAAUGACUGAUGUUAGUUUUAGGGUGUUAAUUAAUAAUGAAAUUUAGAAAUAAUAUAUGUAGAAAUUCUCAACAAGAGAUGAGUUUUAAGGAUAGAUAUCAUAAGAAGAAUUGUAGGAGUAAAAAAAUUAGAUAGAUUAAAUGAACAGUAUAGAAUAAAGUAGCUAUUAAAACUCUAAUUUAACAAUUCUUGGUAAAUCAUUAUGGAAUUAUGUAUUAAUGAAAAUAUUAAGUGAGAAAAACUUAGGUAUAAUAUAUUUAAUAUAUAAAUAGAAAGUUUAUAAUUUGUAACAUUAAGUAAAAUUUUAAAAGGGGUAUCAUUUUAAUCUUAUGCAGCAAUAAAAUUACGAAUUCAUGAAUAUUUAAAUAGCAAUAAUUAGAAAUAAUUGUAAGAUUUUGUAGAAUUAAAUUAAAAAAGCAAAGAUUAAUCAAUAACAUUCCAUGUUAGUUCAUUAGUUUAUAAUGAGAAUUCUGGAAUAUUAAGAAAUGCAUUUUUAGCAUUGAUUGGAGCAAUAUAUAUUGAUAGUAAAUUUGACUUAUUAGUAAUUAUUGGUUGGAUUGACAAUUUAUUUAAUUAGAUAGGUGUGGAAUAAUUAUUGAAUAUAGAAUUUAUAUAAAGUAGACCAAGAUAUAGAUUUUAUGAGUGGUAAAAAUGGAUAUAAAUAUAGGUACAAAAAAAAGUUUGGGAAUCCUUAAAAUUUUGAUUUAUUAAAGAUUCGUCAUUAAGAUUAAAAGAAAGCAAAUUAAGGUGUAUAAUUAUAUAUACCUUUUGAUUAUAAGGAAGGUUCAAUUGUGAAUAUAAAAGGGGAUAAGUUUUAUGGGGUUGGAUAGUUACAUAUUUUUGCAAAAUGUAAAAAUGAAGCUUGGGAUAGAUUGUAAGAAUUAAUUGAAAAUUGA